AUGGCUUGGCGAGGCAGGUGCAACAUCAAGCGGAUCCAGUGGCCUCGUGGGCGGGCGAUGCUGCCACUCCCCGAUGAGCCCUACGUGGUGGAGGUGCCAAGGAACUGGAACACAAGGAUGCGUCGCAGUUUAGAGCAUGAUGUACUCCUUGGCACCAUGGGAAAUGUUACCUGCACGCCAAGCCAAGCCGGCAGCAAGCGGAUAGGCACCUUCGAGAUGACGUUGGCCCAGUACCUUCAAGAAUGGUUGCCAAAGCCUAUCAGUAAGAAUGCCGAGGACAACCGAUACGUUUUUGGUGAAUUUGGAGAGAACUGGGCACCUCUUAGAGAGUCCUACAACUUGCCUCCUUGCCAAGUCUGUACUCAAGCUGCAGCUGCCAUCACGAUAGGUCUCGGGGGCUCCUUUUCUGGUGCACCAUGGCACUUCCACAACGCUGCUUUUGUGGAGGUCUUCCAUGGCUCGAAACACUUCGUAUUUCUACCUCCCGGAGAUCCUGCAAUUGAAGAAAUAGAGACUGACAUGCAGUUCAAUGCAUCAAUGUCGCAGUACCACUGGCACCUGGAGCGCAGACCGGAGAUGGAAGCUUCUGGCCAGCUGCAGAAUUUGCAAGAGUGCUUAAUUCAGUCCGGUGAGCUACUUUAUUUCCCGGACGGCUGGCAUCAUGGUGUGGUGAACUUCGGGAAAUACACUGCCUUUGUGAGCAGCUUCAUCAACAGGGACCUGUUGAAGCAGGAAGCUGCUCCGAAAAGCGGCAAAGAGGGCCAAGGCGAUGGUCGAUGUCGAAGGAAGUCAUGGCAGAAGCGAUUUGGCAUCGUCCAUCACGUUUCUGCAAGAGGAGUCCACGUUUUGGAACCUCACGUUUUGUACUCUAUGCCGCUACGAUGCGCUGUUUGGGCCGGGACACAAAGAGGGAGGGGGCCUUCAUGCAGCCGUUCCAAACGAGGUUUUUGCGGCUUUGGAGAGAGAGUCCCUUGGCAAGUUGGAGUGCUUUGCAUCGCCGCUGCUGUGCCAGAAGACGUGGCACUUCUGCUCGAUCUUUAA